AUGGCCAAUACAGGACCCCCAGGUUGUGAAUAUGGGGAUUGGAAUAGCGGUUGCGAGGUGGCAAACUGUCCUUUUUAUGACGUGUCCCAUGUUAACACGGUAUGCUGUGAGACAUGUGCUGCAUUUACGACUCCAAGGCCGACAACUGUCACCAGUGCUACAAGUGCAACCUCUACAUGCAAAACAGCGACAACUACAACCAUAACCGAGACAAGCACUACUGCAGCGACAACAACUCCUGCAGAGUUGACAACAGUGCCAGCGACAACGACAGCAGAACCCACAACCCCUACAGAGGCGACAACAACUGCAGAGGCAACAACAACAACACUUUUAGAGUUGACAACAGCACCAGUGACAACGACUGCAGAGGCAACAACAACUGCAGAGGCGACAACAACGCUUCCUGCAGAGUUGACAACUGUGCCAGCGACGACAACAACUACACAGGCGACAAUCACUACAGAGGCGACAACAACCGCAGAGGCGACAACAACAACACCUGCAGAGUUGACAACAGUGCCAGCGACAACGAGUGCAGAGGCGACAACAACUACAGGGUUGACAACAACAGCAGUAGCGACAACAACCCCAGAGAUGACAACAACUGUAGAGUCGACAAAAGUACUUGUGACAACAACUAACCGAGCAACAGUUACUUCUGCAGCUAAUACUGCAACUUUAGAGGCAACGACAACAUCAGAUACUACCACACCAUCGGCAACAAUUACACCAGCCCCAGUUACCUGCACGGAAAGAGGUUCCUUACCAUGGAUCAAAGAGAUUCUGGAGGACGGUGUUUGUGACACUAGUGUCUCAUCAUGCCUUGAGCCGGUGUUGGAUAUGCUGGAGACAACCCCUGUACACGAUACACCUAACCUUGUCUGCAAGUUUACACAGAUAACGGUGGAUGAGAUGGGCCCGCUGUUCACAGGACCAACAACGGUAGUGCCUGCUCGUUAUAUCAGCUGUAACAGUGUUGCCUGUCUGGUACCAAACCACACCAUCCCCAUCCUGGAGGGCAGAGUUUUGGCCGGGUGGUAUGUGUCGGUCAGCGACGACGCCGACACGUUUGGUAACGAGUUGAUAUACCUGCCGUAUGACAACCGCUGUGUGACUUGUACAGGUGUCAAUGCGUUACCGAUGUGCAGUUGGACGGACAGUAGUUGUUACAUCGGUGGUAUGUGUUACAACCCGGGAGACAGUAAUGGCGGUUCGUGUGAAGUCUGUGACAUUGGACAGAGCCUAACUCGGUGGUCAAUGCCAGAAAUGGUCAGCACACAGGCGUUCCAUGGCAAGCUACUCCCUAACAGAAGGCGUUCCAUGAACAGCUACUCUCUAACAGAAGUGGGCGGACCACAGGCAUUCCAUGGACAGCUAUUCUCUAACAGAAGUGAUCGGCACACAGGCGUUCCAUGGUCAGAUGCUCCCUAA